AGCGCGAGUGACCAGAAAAGUUUGAGACAGAAAAGGGGCGGAGGGAGAACGCCAGAAGAAAGGAGGAGAGAAGGGGGUCGAGGAGAGCCAGCGGCGGAAGCGUCCCCUCCCCGCUCCGGAUUACCAUCGUCGGUCGGCGCCGUGGCACUGAUCUCACCCGUUCCCUCGCUCUUCCCCGAAUGGGUGAACUGGGCAGCCGUGGGAAGGGCAGAGAUCAGGCUUAGACCUCCGACUCUUUCUCGGUGAGGCAGAUUGGGAAAAGUUUGGCGACGCCCAAGGAUGUGCGGGCGGAGGGGCUGAGACGGAGACACCCCCGCCCCCAUUCUGAGCGGCUUGUGGUCGGGCGUGCGUUGGGGACCUUCGGAGUCGGCAGAACAACCUGCCGCGAAGACCUUGCACAAGGUGUGCGGAGAUGGGCUGGCUGAGGCUACUUCAGAGAGGCGCUCUGCAUGCGCUCUGGAGGCGCUGGGUUUGGUUAUGGGAAAGCUCUGGCUUUCCAACGAGUCCCACUCGGAGCUGGGUUAGAGAGCUGGUGGGUGAAGGCGUCCAGCCUGGGUGCGAAGUUGGCCUCAUCCCUGCUGGACUCUGGUAGAGAACAGGCAGUAGUCCGAUGGAUGGCGGGUGGGAGUGGGGGACGGAGAGCCGGCGGUGAGCGCCCCCCCCCCCCAUCAACAGCCUGCCUCAGCCCCGGGGCGAGUCGUGCAACAGGAGGCUCUUUAGGGGCGGGAGCCGGGAGGGGUGUGUUCCACCGGGCCUGCACAAUUGUAAGCCUUCCCCACCCUCUCCUAUACUGGGGUCAAACCCCACAAGUUAAAACCUGGGGGCUACAUUUGCACAAAUUCCAGGCUUGCUUGGCUUUCUCCUUGAUUCUUUCUACACGGUGGUGCUGGCUCAUUCUUCAGCAUUUGUGCCAGAAAAUGUAGCUGCCCAGUUGCUGAGGGUGCAGGGCAGCCGCAAUCCUGAAGGCGGCUGCAUUCCAAUUGUUCUGGGAAGGCAAUGCUGUCCAGCCUCAUAUCCCAUCCUGCUCUUUGGGAAAGAAGGCAAGGAACCCAGCUUUCCCAACACCAGGGCUGCAUGGAUGGCGGUAUGCUCACAGACAGCCGUUAGGUAACCUGCCAGCACCUGACUUCUGCUCAGGUGACCCCUGCAAGAUGGGAACAGGUCCAAAAGGCAGCCGUGGAACUUCCUGUGGCCGAGACUGCACGACUGGCUUCAGGUGCAAACACUCAGGAGUGAAGGAAGGAGGGAAUAUGCAAGGCCUUGGUGAAGGAUGAGGAGCCUUCCCAGGUGGCAGCGGUGCUGCUGCAGCUGCUGUCGGCUGCCCUUGCUCUGGGUCGCACUGGCCAUCUGCACGACAAUUGGCUUCACGGUCCAGCUCCUGGGCAUCUCCUUUCCAAAGAGCAGGGUGUCCUUGGCUUUGCUGCUCCCUCCCCUGCCUGCUCCGGUCCCCUCAGCAGAACCUGUGGGGCUGGGGAAGGAAGAGCCCGUCAGCCCUCUCCUCUCCUGCCAGCCACGGCAACACCUGGUCUUCCUGAAGACCCACAAGACCGCCAGCAGCACCCUUGUCAACAUCCUGCACCGCUUUGGGGACACGAGAUCGCUGCGCUUUGCCCUGCCUGCCGGCUACCAGUUCAACUAUCCCAAGCUUUUCCAGGCACGGCGUGUAAAAGGGUGGCAUCCCGAGGGGCCACCAUUCGACAUCCUUUGCCACCACAUGCGCUUCAACUUGCUUGAGGUCCAGAAGGUGAUGCCCAUAGACAGUUUCUAUUUCUCCAUAGUACGGGAUCCAGCUUCCUUGGCUGAAUCGGCUUUCUCCUAUUACCGGGGUGUGGUCCCUGCCUUCCGCCGGGCUCGCUCACUGCCAGAGUUCCUGGCUUCUCCACAGAACUUCUACCGGCCUGGUGAGCGUGGCAGCCACUAUGCCCGCAACCUGCUCUGGUUUGACUUUGGCCUUGAUCCACCAGCAAGCCCUGGCUUAGCCACAAUCCAGGCUGCCCUGCUGGGACUGGAUCGUAUUUUCCACCUUGUGCUGCUAACGGAAUACAUGGAUGAGUCGCUGGUCCUGCUGCGUGAUGCCCUCUGCUGGAGCUUUAAGGACGUGGUGGCUUUCCAGCACAACCUGCGCAAUCCAGAGGCAGUUCACCAGCUGGGACACGCCGAUGCAGCUCAGCUCCGUGCCUGGAAUCACCUCGACUGGCAUCUCUACAUUCACUUCAAUCACACUUUCUGGGCACGUGUGAAACACUUUGGUACUGACCGCAUGGCUGCGGAAGUGGCCAUUCUCCGAAAGCAGCGGGCAGAGUUUAUGCGGCGCUGUUUACAGGGAGGGGGACCACUGGAGCCAGGCCACAUUGCUGACGUGCAUAUCCGCCCCUUCCAGUUUGGGCAGGUGCCAAUCCUGGGUUAUGCCCUACAACCCAGCCUGGCAUCUGGCCUGCAGGUCGUGUGUCAGCAGAUGGUCACUCCUGAACUGCAGUACAAGGAUCUCCUUGAUGCCAAGCAAUUUCCCCACCCCUACAAGAAAGGCGACUUCAGACGGGGAGGGGAAGGCACUCAUAAUAGCUCUUGGCAGAAGUCAUCCGACUGAAAUGCUGGCAUCGCCCCCCCCUCCCCUCGUGCUCUGCUGGACACCCCCAUACACGCAGGACGCAAUGGACAGAGGGGCCCUAGGAGAGCUGCCGGGAUACGCAAUGCCAGAGAAAUGAAGUGGUUCCCGUGUUUUGAGACUUGGAGACAAACAGGGCAACGCACCCUCCCUGGCAUCAGGCAUACCCAGCAGCUUCAUGUGAGAGGAGCUUCAAUAAUUGGAUAUGACUGAGCCAGGAAGAGCACGACACAUAAACCCUUGGCUAAUCUCUGGCCCUUCGCUCAGUAUUUUUCCCCCUCCCACCCUAACAAGACAUCUUCCAAAGCCUGGUAGACCAGCAUUCUUGGGGGGAAGGGCUAGGCUCUCACACUCCACCCUUUGGCCCACCAUAGUACUCCUGCUGUCUGGCUGCAGAGUGCCUCUCUCCCCUGCCACUGUCUUGUCCCAGAGGCAGUGAGGCUCGUACCCAGAAGGUCAAGGAAACUGGAACUGCCAUGGGGCUUCCUGGCUCUUCUCUGUAUGUCCUUCUCUGCUUGGGGAGAGGAGGCUGUACCAGAGACUUCUCAGGCAGAGGGGCUCUGGUGGCCAUGUGGAAAGCUCGAGGACCCGGGCAACAGUCCUCAACUGGGGACCCUGAGCCCAGGGUUGGAGCUGGGGCAAAAACUUGAGGACCUGUGGAGGCAUUGUUGGCAAAUGCUGGGAAAGAAUGAAGCUGCACUGAAGUUGAGAAAGCCAGAAGAUACACAACCAACCCAGGAUGGGAAGGAAGGUGAGGAAACAAUAAUUGUUUGAACAAUUAAUCAUUCAGAGUUAUGUGACCCAGUCAUAAGGGCUUAAUUUAUGGAGAGUUUCACAUACAGAAUAAUAAAUUGCAGCAAAUAAAAGGCUUCUGGAGAAAGGCCAUUGCCUAAACCCAGCUCUACCCCAGUCAGGCCAGCAGACCAGAAACUGGUGAAUAGGAUGAACUGCUUAUGGGCUUAAUCCUGCUGGGCUGAUUGGGGUGCAGGGAUUAGACAGGUUUUGGCCUAUCCACCUCAGGGCCGUUUCUCUUUUUAGCCUGAACAAAAGAGCCUCAAGAAAAAGGAAACUCCUCCUGCCUUCUCCCAGAAGCCCUUGUGGCCCAGCUGUCCCUUGAAGCUCCAUAGUCCGGCUGCCAUUCAGUGAAAAUAAAAACUGGAUUUUGCUGCCUGUUAAGAGCAAGGUUGAACUAUGCAAAAGGGUGGGGUGGAGAAAUAGCUGUCAUCCCACAUAACCCUGGGAAGCAAGCCAUGGGUGUUCCCGGCAGAGUCUGGCUGCUACUGUGAAACCUCAGAAGUUCCCACCUCCAGGCUCCCAACUCUCACCCAUCAUCCACAGCAGGCUGCAGGAUUACACCAUGGCAUGCUAAACAGUCUGAGCACCAUUGAGCUAGGCAUGCCUAACUCAUCUGGAGAAGAGUGCCCCCAACUCUCCAGCUGGAGAAACCACAGAAGUACAGUGCCAUCUCGGUCUUCUUGCUGGACAGGGAGGCAGGCCCGAGGCUGGAACCUGGACCAUCUUCAGGUCUGAGAGAUUAAGAACCUCAGGCUCAUCACCUCUGCUGCUACACAGUAGUUCAGAUUUGCACCUUUGUUCUUUAUUGGCCCAAAUAGCCAGGUCAAUCCAAAAGCUAGGCCAGCACCUCUGGUUCAAUCAGUAUUCACACUGUGGAACUCUCAAAUUAUAAUAGCACUUUCCAGCAUUUUGGGCAGUGAUGCUGUUUAGAUUUUUUCCCCCCGUGUACAAUUACUGUGCUCACUUUCAAAAAGGAGAAUAUCAGUAUAAAAAAUUAAAACACAUUAAUUGAU